GCUCGCUGGCUGGCGCCUGCGCAGUGGGCCGGUGUGGGGGGCGGGAAGCUCCUAGGGGCAGUAGAGCCUAUGUCGGCCCUAAGGCGCUCGGGCUAUGGCCCCAGUGAUGGUUCGUCUUAUGGCCGCUACUACGGGCCUGGGGGUGGAGAUGUGCCGGUGCACCCACCUCCGCCUUUAUAUCCUCCUCGUCCUGAACCUCCCCAGCCUCCCAUUUCCUGGCGGGUGCGCGGGGGCGGCCCGGCGGAGACCACCUGGCCGGGAGAAGGCGGAGGAGGCGAUGGCUACUAUCCCUCUGGAGGCACCUGGACGGAGCCGGGUCGAGCUGGGGGAAGCCACCAGGAGCAGCCACCAUAUCCUAGCUACAAUUCCAACUACUGGAACUCUGCCCGACCUAGGGCUCCUUACCCAACAAGUACAUAUCCUGUAAGACCGGAAAUGCAAGGCCAGAGUUUGAAUUCUUAUACAAAUGGAGCAUAUGGCCCACAAUACCCCACUGGCCCUGGAGCAAAUACUGCCUCAUACUCUGGGACUUAUUACACACCUGGAUAUUCUCAGACCAAUUACUCCACAGAGGUUCCAAGCACUUACCGUUCACCUGGCAACAGCCCAACCCCAGUCUCUCGUUGGAUGUAUCCCCAGCAGGACUGCCAGACUGAAGCACCUUCUCUUAGGGCGCAGGUUCCAGGAUAUCCUGCACCACAGAACCCUGGAAUGACCCUGCCCCAUUAUCCUUAUGGGGAUGAUAAUCGUAGUGUUCCACAGCCAGGACCAUCUGUACGACCACAGGAGGACUCAUGGGCUUCUCCUGAUGCUUAUGGAAUGGGAACCCGUUACCCCUGGCCUGCAGCUGCGCCCUCAGCACCACCUGGGAAUCUUUACAUGAGUGAAAGUAUUUCACCAUGGCCUAGCGGUGGCUCUCCUCAGCCACCUCCACCAUCACCACCACCCCAGCAGCCCAAGGAUUCCUCAUACCCCUAUAGCCAAUCAGAUCAAGGCAUGAACCGGCACAACUUUCCUUGCAAUGUCCAUCAGUAUGAGUCCUCGGGAACAGUGAACAGUGAUAAUUCAGAUCAUUUGGAUACCCAAGUCCAGUAUAGUGCGGAGCCUCAGCUGUAUGCUAACACCACCAAUGAACAUCCCAGCAAUCAAGAGCAAAGUAAUAAUCUUCCGGAAGAGUGUUUGCCUUCAGAUGAAGGUACUCCCCCAAGUAUUAAAAAAAUCAUACAAGUGAUGGAGAAGGUCCAAUAUCUUGAGCAAGAAGUAGAAGAGUUCAUAGGAAAAAAGACAGACAAAGCAUACUGGCUUCUGGAAGAGAUGCUAACCAAGGAACUUUUGGAACUGGAUUCAAUUGAAACUGGGGGCCAGGACUCUGUCCGACAGGCCAGGAAAGAGGCUGUUUGUAAAAUCCAGGCCAUACUGGAAAAAUUGGAAAAAAAAGGAUUAUGAAAAGAUUUAGAACAAAAGGGAAGCCUGUUACUAACUUGACCAAUACUCCUGAUUUUGGUUAUUUACCCUCCUUUUGAAAUGCCUGUUGAUGACAAGAAGCAAUACAUUCCAACUUUCUUUUGAUUUAAAACUUGAAAAACUGGUAAAGGACUUGGAAAAACAUUUUCGUUAUGAAUCGUUUUCAGACCAAUGAAUGUAAUAGGAAACUAUAGAGUUACCAAUAUUGCAAAGUAGGCUCCCUUCUUAAGAGAUUUAUGGAUAUCUGCAAGCUGUUUCUUAUCAGCAGGAGGGAAAUACACUUUAUGUAACAGGCUUAUCAGAAACCUACCAGAUGAGACUGGAUAUAAUCUGAGACAAACAGGUUUUUUAAAACAUCUGGAUUACUUGUCACAUUUUUGUACAUGUGACUGCUUUCAGCAUACACGUCAUGUGUAAUUACAGCUUGGACUUUAGCCUUGUGGGACCUCUGUUUUGUUUUGUUAUUGCAGUUCACAAAUAUAGUAUUCUUCUCUACGUCUUGGUACAUUUUGUAGUAAUAUGUUUAAUAUAAUUAUUCAAGAGACUAUAUUGACAGCCAGAUAGUAUGGUAUUUCUGAAUGAAUUUAUAUCUUUUCACCAUUUGAAUAUAUUGCAAUGUGUAGUGAGUUUCUGAGGUAAAUUGUCUUCUUUUUUGUAUAGAUCAUUAGGUUAGAGUUUUACCACUUCUACUUUUCAUGUUAAUAGCAGAAGGCGAUUUGGAAAUGGCAUGGGUAUAGAAAUGAAAAUGUUUGUGGCCAAUUUUUCUUUUUUGCUCUUUCAUUGUAUUUGGAUAAAGAUACACUUUAAAAUUUCCAUUUCCUACCCUUAAUUAUCUUUUUACUAGUGCUGCUUCCAUAUGCAGCAUUGUGAUAGGUACAUGAAAAAUUAAAUGCCACAGUGGGUAGAAAUAACUGUAAAAGUAAUAAACUAUUUGGAAAUGCUGUUCUCCAUCUAAAAAAUUAGUUUCACCAUCAAGAUCCCUACAAGCAGAUUUCAGUUCAGUUUAUAUUAAAAAACAAUGAGG